UGUGUUGUCCUAAAGAGUAUAAAGAAUCUACUAUCUACUUUCUUUCUAUCUUGUUGUAACUUAUUUAUAUAUAAUCUUUUUUUAGAAAUUAUAAAAUGCCUGGAAUUGCGUUUGGUAGUUUUGACGAUUCUUUCAGCUCAGCCUCCAUUAAGGCCUACAUUGCUGAGUUCAUUUCCACCUUGCUUUUCGUCUUCGCAGGCGUUGGCUCGGCCAUUGCCUAUGCCAAGUUAACAGCAGAUGCUGCACUCGACCCAGCUGGUCUAGUCGCUGUGGCUGUUUGCCAUGCAUUUGCUCUUUUCGUGGCCGUGUCCAUUGCUGCCAACAUUUCGGGAGGUCAUGUCAACCCAGCUGUCACUUUUGGGUUGGCUGUUGGCGGCCAAAUCACCAUCAUAACUGGAAUCUUCUACUGGAUUGCACAACUCUUGGGCUCAGUCGCCGCUUCUUUCCUUCUCAGUUUCGUCACUGGAGGCUUGGCUGUCCCUACACACGGUGUUGCAGAUGGCGUGGGGGCUAUACAAGGGAUGGUUAUGGAAAUCAUCAUCACAUUUGCGUUGGUCUACACGGUGUACGCCACCGCAUGUGACCCAAAGAAGGGUGCAGUGGGCACAAUUGCACCUAUUGCAAUUGGGUUCAUUGUGGGUGCUAAUAUUUUAGCUGCAGGUCCGUUCUCUGGUGGGUCGAUGAACCCAGCCAGAUCUUUCGGACCUGCUGUUGCUAGCUUUGACUUCUCUGGUCACUGGAUCUACUGGGCUGGACCACUUAUCGGCGGUGGCUUAGCCGGAGCUAUUUACCCAAAUGUGUUCUUUUCUAAUGAACAUCUUCCCCUCACCAACGACUACUAAGUUUCCAAUGAACUUUCUAUCCGUGUUUGAAUAAUUCCGGGCUCUUUUAAUUGUAAAAUUAAGAAGAAUUAGCUAUUUCUAUGUAUUUAUUUAUCCUGUCAUUUUAAUGAGAUGGUUAUCCAAGUUGUUUUGUUUUGAAA